AUGGUUGCGCCCGCUGUUCCUGAGAUCCACGAGGAGGAGGAUAUCUACCUCGCGGUCGAUGCGCGCACAGAGUCUCUACAGACCUUGCGAGAACUAGGCCCCCCGGAUCUUGCUUAUUUGGUCAAGCAACCGAAGGCUAAUUCGACCCGCCAGACUGGCGUUUAUCAUCAUGUCACUGGAAUUGAUGCCUCCUCAUCCGCGAGCUUAGCUGCCUACGUCAACACCCUCACAUUCUCUCCCCUCGACAAGACACACAAAGUGGUAUCAGGAAUCUACUGUUGCUACAAUGCAUUCUCCCACCUCGAUAUGCGCGUCGAAGUCAAAAUCCCCGGAAGCUUAGAGAGCUACUGCAUCGAUGAAAGAGGUGACAAGCGCGUUGCCACUGAUGCGCUCUGGCUCGAGACCUUCCUUUGCGCUGUUCUGAGGGCUUAUCUGUAUGCGGAUGAUGGAGCUGGUGAUGCCGUCAAGAAGAUUGUCGGAGUCCGACGAUUCAACCCCGUGACCAACACAGAGAUGGAACACAAGUUCUUGGAUGCCGCUGAAAAGCUUUUCUUCCUCGGACGCCAACUGAGCUCGGACCCCGAAACACAAGUCCCCAACACCGUGAGCAACCACCUCACCACCGGAAUUCUCAAGUACAUCCAUACAACCGGUCGUUAUACAUCUGGAAUCAACCUGUUCGAGAAACUUCGCACCCGGGAUGUCGAAGUCUCAUCGCUCUUGGCUCGCGUGCAAAUUAUGGCAGACGAGGAGGUGCAAGCGGUGCGCUUGAUGUAUGAUGCUCUGCAGGAUGUGCCAAUGGAUUACGCUUUACUAGAUUGCCAGGCAGAUUUCUGCCAAAGCAAAGGUGAGAGCGAGAUGGCACUGGAAUGCGCCAAGCGUGCAGUGACCGCCGCCCCCAGUGAAUUCAGCACCUGGGCUCGUCUCGCCGAGGUCUAUGUCGGCAUGGAGAAGUGGGAUCUAGCACUUCUGACCCUGAACUCCUGCCCGAUGUUCACAUACCAAGAUAAAGAUACCCCUCGCAUGCCACAACCAUCUCGAAUCAUGCUCCCCAUUCUUGCAGAAAGCAUACUCGACGAAAUUGACGAAGGCCAGCCCAAGCAGGGAGACCCCCACGACUAUGUCCACCCUUCGCUCCGCAAGAUCCAUGCCGCCAAUUACCAAGGCACCUUCCUCAAGGCAUACAAUCUCCUGACCAAGAUCGCGGCUGCCAUUGGAUGGGACCAACUAUUAAAGGCACGUAGCGAGGUAUUUGUUAUGGAAGAGGAGUACCGGGUUGAGCGGCAGCACGUGUCGAGACCUUCACACUCGACAGAAAGAGAGACCAAUGGAAACAGCCCCGAGACCGAGACCGACUCUGGGUCAGUGAACGGCCCCAACGGAGACGCAACAGGGGACGAUGCCCAAAGCCCUCUCGAGCGACCGGAACACACGGUGGCGUCUGAGGUGGUCAAAUCCGGCAGUGAAGACCCCGAUCCAUCGCACAGCUCAUAUACUCAAUUCCAAAACAAGCGCCUCUGUGAAAGAUGGCUUGACAACCUGUUCAUGGUCCUUUACGAGGAUCUUCGCAUCUACACCAUUUGGAGAACUGAGAUGGCCCAGUUCCGCCAGCAGGGGAUGGAGUAUAAGAAGUCUGCCACUGAGUGGGAGAUUCUUGGAGAGCUCGCCCAGCGCCUCCACCACUUCGACGAGAGUAUUGAGGCGUACCAAAGCUGUCUCGCCACUCGAUUCUCCCCGAAAGCCAUGCGGGGUGUUCUGAAGCUCUACGAACAGCGCAACGAUACCCGGGGGAUGCUCGGCGCCUUGAUUCGUCUGAUCGCCUGGCAAUAUCGCUGGUACUCCGAGUUCUCCCCUGAACUUCUGUUCAUGGUUCGCAAGCUCAUCGAAGACGAGGGUGCCGUCAAGGUCCGCAGCAUUGUUCAAGCGACUAACUUGCCUCAAGCUGUCCUGGAUCUGACGCACCAAUACUGUCAAUUGUGCGCGACAUUCCGCAGCAGUGGUAGUGAUACUUAA